AUGUCUGAAGAAGAAGAGGUAGUUUAUGAGGAAGAAGAAGUUGUUGAAGUAGAAGAAGAGGAGCAGGAGGAGCAAUCAGCCGAGGUUUCAUAUGAACAAGGCAAAGAUAAUUUAAACUAUAAUGAUUCCCUUGCUCUUGAUUUAUUCUUAAAAGUUAUGAACGAUGAUUCAGCUGAAGAUCAUCUCAAGGCAAAAGCUACUUCGCAUUUACUCAUAUUGCUUGCAAAAGAAGGUGUAGAUCUUGAUAGCCUCUUAGCAGUUUUCGAUAAUUUCUACAGUUUCGUAAAAGCUAAUUGCAUCAAGGUUUCACGCUUCGAUCGCACAAUGAAUCAAGUCGCUACAAAUAUUUUGCAUCAUCCUGAAGUACAAUACGCAUUCCUUUCCCAUGCAGCUAAAGAGCUUGAUCCAAACUCCUUAGAUUAUCGUAAAUGGGCCCUCGAAAGCCAGAUGCAGCUCAUAGAAUUAGAACUUGGAAAAGGCAAGCUCGAAGACGCCAUCAAGUUAAUUGAUCACGUUCACCAAUACAUUCCUGAUGAUCCAGAUACAAGUGAUAUAGUCAUGACAGGAUUUUCUAUCAGACUUUUAGUUAUUUUACUCGAAAUUAACCUUAACAAAGGAAAUGAUGCCGAAGUACGCCGUAUUUACGAGAAGUGUGUCAAGAUCCAAGAGAUUAGAACACUUUCAUCAUACCAAACAGCUUUAAUUACAUUUGUUGCCGGAAGACUCCAACUUGAUGGCAAUCUCAUCGAACAGGCAAGCUCUUCAUUCAAAGCAUCAUUCAAUACAUUCGUACAAAUCGGUUCCGAGAACCGCCGCAAGGUAUUACCAUAUUAUAUUCUUACAAAUAUGCUUUGCCACAGAUUGGAGAACCUCCUUGCCGAGCCAGCCAUUGGUAUAGAAAGAAUUCAUCCUGAUGUUGCUCCUAUUGCCAGCUUAUUCGAUUCAUAUUUUGAUUAUGACGUUGUUUCCUACAAGAACAGGGUAAAUGACGUCAAACAAUACUUCAACAGCCCUAAGAUCAGUGGAUUCCUUGAUGACAUUAAGAAUUUCGUCAUGAAAUACAACUUGGUCAAGAUAUUCAAGAAUUAUUCUCAAGUUGAGAUCAAAUUCCUCUUAAUGUCUACAUACACUGAAUCAGAAAAGGCUGAAUUGGAGAAGUUGAGUCCAGCAGAUAAGGCAAAGCGCUUGGAUCGUGAUUUGAAAGUAGUUAUUGAUUUCUUAUACGAUCUAAUUUUGUCAAAGAAGCUCAGCGCGUCAAUAGACUUUGUCAACAAUAUCCUUGUCGCUUACGAAAAGAGAGAAUCAUUAUAUAUCGAGUCUGUUCAAGCUAUUUUCAAUUAUCUCCAAGGAAUUUCGAAUGGUUUGGUCAAGGCAACGAAAUUGAAGUUGGAAGAACCAAAUAAGCCAGUACAGAUCGAUCAAAACUCUCUUGCUCCACAAUAUCAAACUAACUAA